UUUAUUCUCUCCUCGUGGGGUGUGUCUACCAGAGCAGCACUCGGCGCUUGUUGGAGUCUGUCCGGAUGUGUAUAUGAUGUCUGAUCACUUGUUCCUCGCCAGUGCGCAGCUGGUGCGCAAUGGAUUUAUUGUGGAAUUUGUUCUAUGUCGUAUUUAACCAGUUUCUCUGCUCUCUGAAUGGAUCUGCAUAAAGCAACGAUGAUAUUCGCAACUUUCUGGAUAAUGUUUCCUGUCCUUGAUUUAGUGCACUUCUCAAAGGCAGAUGCGAUCGCACAGUCUCGCUCGGUUCGGCUGGACUGCGUUAGGGCUCAUGAACAGUGUUUGGGAAAGUACGGAUGCAGCACCAAGUACCGCACCAUGAGACAAUGUGUGGCCGGGAGAACCGGUAACUUCAGCAUGCUGGCUGAACCAGAGGCGCAGGACGAGUGCAGGAACGCCAUAGAGUCCAUGAAACAGAGUCCUCUGUAUGAUUGCAAGUGCAGGAGAGGAAUGAAGAAAGAGAAGAACUGCCUGCGCAUCUUCUGGAGUAUAUAUCAGAGUUUACAGGCUAAUGACUUACUGGAAGACUCGCCAUAUGAUGCGGUAAACAGCCGUCUGUCUGAUAUUUUUCGUCUGGCUCCCAUCAUAUCAGGUGAAGCGGCCUUUACCAAGGACAACAACUGCCUGAAUGCCGCCAAGGCCUGCAACCUGAAUGACACAUGUAAGAAGUACCGCUCCUUGUACAUCAGCCCCUGCACCAGUCGAGUCUCCACUACUGAAGUGUGUAACAAGCGCAAGUGCCACAAGGCCCUGCGGCAGUUCUUCGACAAGGUGCCACCGAAGCACAGCUAUGGCAUGCUUUUCUGCUCCUGCCCCUCCGGGGAUCAUUCGGCUUGCUCCGAGCGCAGACGUCAGACCAUCGUGCCAGCCUGCUCCUACGAGGACAAGGAAAAACCCAACUGUCUCUCCUUGCAAGCCUCCUGCAAGACCAACUACAUCUGCAGAUCUCGUUUAGCUGACUUCCUCACUAACUGUCAACCUGAGGCACGCUCGAUAUCAGGGUGUCUGAAGGAAAACUAUGCUGACUGUCUGUUGGCAUAUUCAGGGCUCAUUGGUACGGUGAUGACCCCGAACUACCUCCGCGCACCUGGCAUCAGCGUGUCACCUUGGUGCGACUGUAGCAACAGCGGAAACGGAAAAGCAGAGUGUGACAAGUUCACCGAAUUUUUCACCAACAACCGUUGUCUCCGCAAUGCCAUCCAGGCAUUUGGCAAUGGCACAGAUGUAGGAGUGUGGCAACCCCAACCACCCAUCAUGUCCACUCCAGCAGACCCCUACACUCCUCCAAAAGGACGUGACAGGACAUCCAACGCCCUGGAUGACCCAACGCUCACCAAUGACCUCGACAGCAAUGCAGACCAUCUCUACAGCUUCUGUGGAAGCCUGCAGGCUCAGAAACUGAAAAGCAAUGUUACUCUGGACGUUCUUUGUGUGGAUCAGCAGCUGAACGACCCCAGUAGCUUUAAUGCAAUCACUCGGAGCUCAACUAGUGCUGUCUGUCUGGUGGACUGGACUGUGCUGCUUCUGCUGCUGUGUCUGCUCUCAAUUCUUCACCUCGACCAUCUUACAGCCUCACAGACUUUAUAGCUGCUCCCCGAUCAGACCUGCUGCUGCCUCUGUACCAUACAAAAACAAAAAAAAAAGAUGUUGUAUUUUGAGUUUUUCCGCAAGUGGUUCUGUGCGCGCUGUGGUGUUUCAGUGUGAUGAAACUAUUCUUGGUCCACCUGCUUUUCUUUCUCACUUAUUGGAGAUAACAGACAAACAUGGACGCAAUCGGAAGCUCAUCUAGGAUUACUUUGUCAACGAGGUGUCACCUGAACUCUAAUAUGUGGUGCCAUUUUUUUGUACCAUCACAGUGAGAUCGGACUGAGAAUACAGGAAUUAAUGUGAGAUGCAAGAACCACUACUGACAAUGAAAGAUUGAUGCAGCUUCUGCAUAUUAGUGUGCUGCAGAUGAUCGUUUAUUUCCUCUGAGCUGAUGCCACAGGAAAGCCUACAACUCCAACUAAGAGUGUCAAGCGGUGCACAGGAUUUUUUUGAAGGCUUAUCAGCAAAACCUGCUGUUACAGUCCCUUAUUAGGGCCUACAAACUCCAUUCUCCCUCAAAGUGGCAGUGACGUUUUGUGGUGCUCCAAUUAGGAUGAUACGGUUUUGGAAAUGAACAUCAGGAUAGACACAACACUUUAUCACAUCAACACAUGGGCAGUUUUUUUUUUUUUUUUUUUUUUUAUUUCUGGACUCGGUUAAAUUUGUAAAUGUCAAAUCUAUUUUAGUUUUUGUCCUCUCCAGUGAAACAAGGGUGAGAGCGAUCUGCUUAUUUUGGGAAUUUCUGCCCCUACUUGUAAAUACCAUCUUUGUUUAAUAACCAUAUUAUUACGGUGGCCGAGAGAGCUUAACGUGCUGCAAUUUAAGAAAACACAUGCAAUUACAAAAAACACCAAUAAACUGAGAAAAGAUCUUCAUCCGUUUGACAGCACACGUGCUGCAAGCCCUCACAACGCAAACACAUUUUUAAAAAAACACAGCUGCAACGCCAACAAAUAAUGAAAACACCUGCAAUUUCUCACAACACUUUCAAAUAGCACGGAAAACAACGGAAAUGUUUAAAGAGGGCUAUAUAACGUGACGAACCCGGCUAUUAAGUUAUGGUAAUUUAGGCUAAUAAAAUACAAAAGACAAGAGAAUCAGGAUGUUAAAAUAAACAAAGAAAACUCACCUUUCAAAGAUCACCUACAACUUCACUGAGCAAUACAUUUUCAUAAAUGGUUUGCGUUGUGUGAAAAUGCAGCUCGUUUUCAUAAAUUGUUUGCAUUGUGUGAAAAUGCAGCUCGUUUUCAUAAAUUGUUUGCGUUGUAAGAAAACGUAGCGCGCUUUCAGAAAUUGUUUUCGUUGUAAGAAAGUGCAGUGCACUUUCAUACAUUUUUUGCGUUGUGGGAAAAUGCAGCACGUUUUCGGAAACUGUUUUCGUUAUGAGAAAAUGCAGCAUGUUUUCGUAAAUCUUUUGCAUUGUGAGAAAAUUCAGCGUGUUUUCCUAGAUGGUUUGCGUUGUGAGAAAAUGCAGCACGUUUUAAUAAUUUGUUUGUGUUGUGGUAAAAUGCAGUGCGUUUUUGAAUGUAUUUGCGUUGUGAGGAUUUGCAGCAUGUGUGCUGUCACAUAGAUGAAGAUCUUUUCUGGCGUCUUUUAUAAUUGCAUGUGUUUUCUUAAAUUGCAGAAUGUUAAGCUCUCUCGGCCAGCGUAUAUUAUGCUUGAUUUCUAACAUGUUUUUUUUUGGGCUAGUGUAUCACCUCUGUUGUGUGAACUAUGACUUACAUUUUAGUGAUGAAAUCCAGAAGUAACUUUGAGGGUUGAUACCACAGUUCAGUAUGUGUCAAAUGUGCUGCUUGUACAUUCAGUGAGAACGGUUUCUUUCGCUCAUCCCAAAAAAAGAAGUGUUCUCCAAGUAUCAUUUCUGCAUUGUUGUUGUACUGGUUAGCUGUAAAAAGAAAAAAAAUAAAUAUAUAAACAUAUAGAACAGGGCUGUAAGACAUGCAAGAGACAAAGACAAACUUACA